AUGGCGCCGGUGCUAGUGCUUGGUGCCAUUGUACUCAUGCUGAACCUUGCAUCUAUAUCAUCAUUGCAGCCUCACCACGGAUGCAAAACGCGUUGUGGUGACGUAGAGAUCCCAUAUCCAUUUGGCAUUGGUACCGGCUGUGCUAUCGAACAAGGCUUCGAGAUCAGCUGCAGCAGGACUGCCGAUGGGAUCGAGAGGCCAUUCAUAAAUUACUGGGAGGUUCUAAACAUCUCGGCAACCCGUGGUCAAUCCCGAGCUUUGGUAACCAUCCCGACGUAUUGCUACAAUUCUAGUACAAGAGAAAUGGGUGCCUACAUUUGGGGUUUCGAAUUAACUUGGCCCUAUCGGUUUUCGCACGUGCACAACAAGUUCAUAACCAUUGGUUGCAACACAAUUGGGUACAUCUACAACACCAACGGCAGGACAAGGAAUACAACAGGAUGUGUUUCGGUGUGCGGGAGCCCACAAGACCUGACAAAUGGCUCGUGCGUUGGUGUUGGCUGCUGCCAAAAUGUCGUUCCCAAGGGCUUAAUGGGCUACAAUGUCUAUUUCUAUGAUGUGGAUUAUGUCAAUACUUCAAAUAGUUGGUACUUCAACCCAUGCAGCUAUGCCGGCUUGGUGGAAACAGAGGCAUUUUUCUUCAGCUCCGAUUAUGUAACAACUACAAGGUUCAAUGAUACCUACAAGGGACGGCAGCCGGUGGUGCUUGAUUGGGUGAUAGGGAAUGCAACAUGUGAGGUGGCCCGUAGAAACAUGUCUUCCUAUGCAUGCCGUAGCGGAAACACCGUGUGCGUGGAUUCGUCCAACGGCCUAGGUUACCUGUGCAACUGCUCCGUUGGAUACCAAGGGAAUCUGUAUAUCUCUGGUGGAUGCACAGAUGUUAAUGAAUGUGAGCAGAGUCCAAGCCCGUGCCCCGAGUCCGCAACUUGCCAAAACACAGUUGGAGGAUACCAUUGUUCGUGCCCUUUUGGCAGCAGUUUUGCAAAGGAAACAAAUUCUUGCACCAAUCGCUUUAUAGGGGUUGUUAUUGGACUAAGCUCUGGCAUUGGAGCUCUAUUUCUUGCGUCGAUUUCAACUUUGUUGGUUCGGAUGUGGAAGAGAAGCACUAAAAGUAGAGUUCGAAAGGCACACUUCAGGAAAAACAAAGGCCUUGUCUUGGAACAGUUGAUCUCAUCUGAUGAAAGUGCCACACAUAGCACUAAAAUAUUUUCCUUGGAUGAGUUAGAAAAGGCAACAGACAAUUUUGACUCCACACGCAUUCUAGGCCUCGGAGGGCAUGGCACUGUUUACAAGGGGAUUUUAUCCGAUCAACGUGUUGUGGCCAUAAAAAAGUCCAAAAUGGCCGAUCAAAGAGAGAUCGAUCAAUUCAUAAAUGAGCUUGCAAUUUUAUCACAAAUCAGUCAUCGAAACGUGGUAAAACUUUUUGGAUGUUGCCUUGAGUCAGAGGUGCCUUUGCUCGUGUAUGAGUUCGUCUCCAACGGGACAUUGUCUGAACUUCUUCAUGGUGACCACCUGAGUGGUAGAAGCUUGUUAACCUGGGGCGAUCGUAUCAGAAUUGCUAGUGAGGCGGCAAGUGCUCUUGCUUACCUCCAUUCCGCUGCCGCAAUACCAAUCUUUCAUAGAGAUGUGAAAUCUACCAACAUACUCUUAACAGAUAACUUCAGUGCAAAGGUGGCAGACUUUGGUGCCUCGAGAUCCAUCUCCAUCGAUGAAACUCGUGUGGUCACAGCAGUGCAGGGCACAUUUGGGUACUUGGAUCCUGAGUAUUACCACACCGGCGAGCUAACCGAGAAGAGCGAUGUUUACAGCUUCGGUGUGAUAAUAGUCGAGCUUCUCACUAGGAAGAAGCCGGUCUUCCUCAACUCCCGGUGUGAAAAGCAAAACUUAUCUCAUUACUUUCUUCAAAUGCUACAAGAUAACACUUUGAUGGAGAUGGUCGAUGUUCAAGUUAUCGAGGAAGGCAAGAAUAGACAGAUCGCUGAGAUGGCUGCCCUUGCGAGGGUGUGCUUGAGGCACAGAGGAGAAGAGCGGCCUACCAUGAAAGAAGUGGAGCUUAGGCUGCAGCUCCUGAGGGGCAAGAUGAUAAUGGAGAAAAACCACGAGCUAGAGAGCGAGGGUGAAGCCAUGCCAUUGUUGCCUUCAAACUGUUCCACUUAUUUCAGCGCUAGCUCCGGCCCACGGCACGGUGAGUUCUUCUCGGCUGCCAAUCAUUCAGCUCAGGAUGUCACCAGAUGCUACACUAUGGAGCAGGAGCUUGUUUCCUGGACCGACAUACCUCGUUGA